AUGUUUAUAAAGUUAUAUGACAUAAUUGUAGCUUUCUUUAGUGUAAUUUUGGACAUUUUUUUUCGUGAGGUUAAAUCAAGAGGAUCACAUAAAAUACCUAAAGAAGGCCCUGUAAUUUUUGUUGCUGCUCCUCACGCAAAUCAAUUUGUUGAUCCGUUGGUUUUAAUGCGACAUUGUCAAAGACAAGUUUCAUUUUUGAUUGCUGAAAAAUCAAUGAAACGUAGAUAUAUUGGAAAAGGUAGAAUAUAUUUAGAAAAUUCAAAGCUUGAUCCUACAUUGAUAAAAGGAAUUGGCACGGAAUUUACAAAGGAUUUAAAAGUUGGAUCACAAAUUGCAUUACCUGAUAAUAAUAGCGUCUCAGAAGUUAUCAAAAUAAUAUCUGAUACUGAGUUGAUUAUCAAAAAAGAAUUUAAAGAAUUGGAUGCAUUUAAAUUAUUGACUAACAGUGAAGGAACAGACUUUAAAUGUUUACCUCAUGUUGAUCAAAGUCAAGUUUACAAAUCUGUAUAUAAUACUCUGAAUGAUGGUAACUGUAUUGGGAUAUUUCCAGAAGCUGGUGUCACAAUAAUGGCUUUAGGUGCUAUGGCACGUAAUCCCAACCUUGAUGUAAAGAUAGUUCCAUGUGGUUUGAAUUAUUUCCAUGCACACCACUUUAGAUCACGCGCAGUUGUAGAAUUUGGUUCCCCUAUUUCUAUAACACCAGAUUUAGUUGAAAAUUUUAAAAAAGGUGGAACUGAUAAACGUGAAGCAUGUAGCAAAUUAUUAGAUAUUAUUUAUAAGGGUUUAAAAGCUGUUACUGUUAAUACACCAGACUAUGAGACAUUAAUGGUAAUUCAAGCUGCUCGUAGAUUGUAUAGACCAGAACAUCAUAAAUUGGAAUUACAUGAAGUGAUUGAGUUGAAUCGUAGAUUUUUAUCAGGAUAUAUGAAAUUUAAAGAUAACGACAGAGUAAAAGAAAUGAAUAAUAGAGUUAUGGCUUAUAAUCAAUUGUUAAAGUAUCAUGGAUUGAAAGAUCAUCAAGUAAAUAAAACAGUCGAAGAUGGCUAUCGUGUAUUAUUUUUAUUAAUCUAUAGAAUAAUUGUAUUAACUAUUUGGAUUAUAUUGGGAUUGCCUGGAUUUAUUCUUAAUCUCCCGCUUAUAAUAAUUGCUCGUGUAAUAAGUGCAAAGAAAGCUAAAGAGGCAGUAGAAUCUUCUAGUGUAAAAGUUGCCGGACGUGAUGUCCUUGCUACUUGGAAAUUGUUGGUUGCACUUGUUGUCACCCCAUUAUUAUAUGGAUCAUAUGCAUCACUUCGACCACUUUUCUUAUCGUUAAUUCCUUCAACAAAAUCAUAUUUUCAAACAUUGAGAGAAGUCCGUGAACAACUAUCAUAUGAUCUUACAGAAUUAAUAAAUGAACUUGGACCAAAAAUUUAUCCAGACUUUGAUAAUUCACGUUUAGUUAGAGAAGUUAAGGGGAAAAGCAGAAGUGGAUCAGCUUCACCUUCACCAUCUAGACCAUCAUCUACAGGGUUACAAUUUAGUAGUUUCUUGACUAUUUCAGAUUGGUUAUCAGAAAAAAAUUUGGAUUGGGAGAGAGCUGAUGAUUCAGACUAUGAUGAUGUAUUUUUCUUUUUAGAUCAACAGAAUGGAAAAAUAACGGGACGUAGUAGAUCAAAUUCACGGACACGGAUAAAAGAUCAGGGCUCAAGAAGUAGGUCAAGCUCAAUUGGAUCAAAUAAUGAUGGGGGUUUGGGAAGUAACGGGAACACUAUUGGGAUCGAGCCUUUAUCAACUGUUGAUCAAUCACCAAAAAUUGAAAGAAACCAUUCAGAUCUUUCUUUACCUAAAUUUACAUUUAAAGAUUGUGACGAAGAUUCUGGCUAUCAUGGCGAUAAAGAAUAUGAUGACAAGAUUGAAACUAAAAAAGAAGUUUAA